AUGCGCGUCAUAGUCUUGCUAUCCUUACUCCUCGAAAACGCCUGGCUUGCGUACGGCGGGACGAUCGAAAGAGCCGGGUAUGGAGAAUAUUUUGGUUAUUCUGCUGGCCCUUCCAGCCAGAACGAGCUGACGCCAGAGACAAGAGGAGGGGAUGACACGACGCUAUGGAAAUACAAUGUGCCAGGAGUCCUUCGCGACAUGUUGAACGCCUUGGAUGUCAUGCAAGAUUCAUACUUUGACAUUUUCACAGGGACAUGGCCAGAGGCGAUCGACUGGACCUCUGCUGUUAUGGGCACACAUGUCUCGGCCACUCUCGCCAGCAUUGUCUCUUCGUUGGAUGCGUCCUCCAUGUCCACCUGCUCUGAUAUGCUCUCUUGGCAGAACAUAGUGGAACGGUAUUACGCGCACACGACAGUCUUUUACUUUGGCGAGAAUGCGUUCGCUUUACGAAAUCAAGCUUACGAUGACAUGCUCUGGGUGGUUCUUGGCUGGCUCGAGAACUUGAAAUUUGCGGAAAUGUAUACUUUGAAGCAUUGGGAUUUUCUCCAGUCCGGGAGACGCGGCGACUCGGAAACCGGGUGGCAUGGUCUUCAAAUCAGCCCGAUGGCCGCCCAUCGCGCGCGGAUAUUUUACGACUUGGCCUCCGUGGGAUGGGGUGAAUCCCUCUGUGGAGGCGGGAUGACAUGGAAUCCAUAUCUGACUCCCUACAAGAACGCCAUCACGAAUGAGCUUUUCGCUGCGGCUAGCAUUGCCAUGUAUCUUUAUCACCCGGGCGACAACAACACUUCCCCAUAUCUGGUACAAGGCGGUACUGGCCUCUCCAAACCUCAUGAUCCUUUGUAUUUGGAAAACGCCAUCAAGAGUUACAAAUGGCUUAUGGAUAGCCAACUGCGCAAUCCCAAGUCCGGUCUUUAUCGAGACGGGUUCCACGUCACAGGCUGGCGCCGAUAUCCCAACGGCACGGUCGACCCGGGCACAGGAAACUGCGACGACCUCGAUCCUAUGGUAUACACCUACAACCAGGGGGUGGUCUUGUCCGCCAGUCGCGGUCUGUGGCUAGCCACUGGGGCUAGAAGCUACUUGGACGACGGUCAUGCUCUGGUGGAAAGCGUGGUCCGAGCAACUGGGUGGCCCAACUCCCGUCCGACCUGGAGCGGUCUUGGGAGAGGAGGGAUUCUCGAAGAAUUUUGCGAUCACAGCGGGUACUGCAGUCAAGACGGCCAGACGUUCAAAGGCAUCUUCUUCCACCAUCUGUCUGAAUUCUGUCGCCCGCUGUGGCCGCAAGAAGAGGCAUUCGUCGCGAAAGACAAAGGUGCGAGUGGUGCGAGUUUUGACCGAGCUGUUUACCAAUACCACCUUGCCCGCUGCGCCGCUUAUGAUAAAUGGGUCGCCCAUAACGCCAAUGCCGCCUCCGCCACGCGAGAUGCCGACGGGCAUUUUGGCAUGUGGUGGACUUUUGAAGAACCCGAUGAGGAAACAAUGGCUGAGAUCCAGAAGAGUACGGUUCUUCCGCCCGGGGCGGAGGACUACCUCAAUCCUCUCCCGGAGAAUUGGCCAACUCAAGCCGUCAACGCGACGACCGAUAGAAACGAUCGCGGAAGGGGAAGAACGGUCGAAACACAGAGUGGAGGAUUGGCGGUCCUGCGGGCGCAGUGGAACUGGCAAGUCAAUUUGCGGCAGAUAUCAACCUGA